CCCGCGGUGCGUGCUCCCGCGCCUACGGAGGCCACAAAGAGCAAGCCCACAGAGGAGGGCGAUGCUCCUCCAGCCAAGAGAGCACCCAUCUUUUAUGGCAGUUUGGAAGAGAAGGAAAGGGAGCGUCUGGCAAAAGGAGAAUCAGGGCUGUUGGGAAAAGAGGCGAUGAAAGCUGCGCUUGAGGCUGGCAAUAUCAACAUAAGCAGUGGUGAGGUCUUCGAUCUUGAAGACCACAUGAGUGAGCGGCAGGUGGAAGUGCUGGCUGAGUUUGAGCGCAGGAAGAGAGCCCGGCAGAUCAACGUGUCCACUGACGACUCUGAAGUGAAAGCCUGUUUGCGAGCGCUUGGGGAGCCCAUCACGCUCUUUGGAGAAGGUCCUGCAGAAAGGAGGGAGAGGUUAAGAAAUAUCCUUUCGGUGGUUGGCACAGACGCAUUAAAAAAGACCAGGAAAGAUGACGACAGGUCUAAAAAAUCCAAAGAAGAGUAUCAGCAAACCUGGUACCACGAAGGACCACGCAGUUUGAAAACAGCGAGGCUGUGGCUUGCGAACUACUCUCUCCCCAGGGCAGUGAAGCGACUAGAAGAAGCCCGGCUGCUCAAAGAGAUUCCAGAGGCAACCAGGACAUCGCAGAGACAGGAGCUACACAAAUCCCUACGAUCCUUGAAUAACUUCUGCAGUCAGAUUGGAGACGAUCGCCCGCUCUCCUACUGCCACUUCAGCCCCAAUUCCAAACUCCUCGCUACGGCCUGCUGGAGCGGAUUGUGCAAGCUCUGGUCCGUGCCUGACUGCAACCUUGUUCACACCUUACGAGGACAUACCACCAACGUAGGAGCAAUAGUCUUCCAUCCCAAAGCCACUGUCUCCCUUGACAAGAAGGACGUUAACCUGGCCUCGUGUGCGGCUGAUGGGUCUGUCAAACUCUGGAGCCUUGAAAGUGAUGAACCAGUGGCAGAUAUUGAAGGACACAGCAUGAGAGUGGCACGUGUGAUGUGGCACCCGUCUGGGAGGUUCCUUGGUACUACCUGCUAUGAUCACUCGUGGCGCUUGUGGGACUUGGAAGCUCAGGAAGAGAUUCUCCAUCAGGAGGGGCACAGCAAAGGGGUCUAUGACAUUGCCUUUCACACGGACGGGUCUCUCGCUGGCACUGGUGGUCUGGAUGCUUUUGGCCGGGUGUGGGACUUGCGCACGGGACGCUGUAUCAUGUUUCUAGAAGGCCACUUGAAGGAGAUCUAUGGGGUUAACUUCUCCCCAAAUGGAUACCAUGUCGCAACUGGCAGUGGUGACAAUACUUGCAAGGUGUGGGACCUCCGCCAGAGGAAGUGCAUCUACACCAUUCCAGCCCAUCAGAACCUGGUGACUGGGGUGAAAUUUGAACCCAAUCACGGUAACUUCCUGCUCACCGGCGCUUAUGACAACACUGCAAAGAUCUGGACUCACCCCGGCUGGUCCCCGUUGAAAACACUGGCUGGUCACGAGGGAAAGGUGAUGGGACUGGAUAUCUCCCUCGACGGCCAACUGAUAGCGACCUGCUCCUACGACCGAACCUUCAAGUUGUGGACAGCGGAGUAGCUCAGAGGUGCUGCUGAUGAACUGGAAUGGAGAUGUUAAUAGCUUUGAACUAAG